CAUACAUCUCAGCAUCACAUUCAUUCAGCGUGUUCAACUUGUGCUUCAGUGAUGAAGGUCGUGCUGUUCCUCCUCUCCCUCACGGUGUCUCUGAAGUCUUCCUGUGUCCUGGCAAAGACUCUGGAGUUCUUCAUCGCAGCAGUGGAAACUAAGUGGGAAUAUGUGUUUACAGACACAGCAGAUCCUACUGCAAACCAGAGGAAAUUUGCAUCUGGUGUCCAGAAAUAUAUCAAGGCUAUAUAUACGGAAUACACCGAUUCCACUUUUACAACACCAAAGUCAAAACCUCCAUGGGCUGGUAUUCAAGGUCCCAUUAUCAGAACGGUGGUGAACGACAGGGUUGUGGUGCAUUUCAAAAACUUUGCAUCACAAUCAUUCAGUAUUUCUCCCAUCGGGAUUCCGUACUGGAAACACUCAGAAGGCGCGGGGUACGAGGACUCAAGUUCUGUUAAUGAGCGAGUGGAUGAUGCAGUGCCUCCUGGUGGUUACUACAAGUACGUGUGGGACAUUUCCCCCAACUCCGGGCCGACCACAUCAGACCCAGACUGUCUCACCUACAUUUACUCAUCACAGGUGGACAUUGUCCGAGACUUUAAUAGUGGACUUGUUGGAACUCUACUCAUCUGUAAAACAGAGGCUCUGACUGAGGAGAGACAGCGGAAGGUUCCGGAGUUCAUUUUGCUUAUUGCUGUCUUUGAUGAGAGUAAAAGUUGGUACAGGGAAGUGGGUCGAACAGAGAAACUGAAGAAAACGACCAGUCCAACCCAGUUCCACACCAUCAAUGGAUACAUCAACUCAACUUUACCAGGUCUAACCAUGUGCCAGAAGAGUCCAGUGGUGUCCUGGCAUCUUAUCGGUCUUGGCUCGACCCCAGAGAUCCACAGCAUCCAGUUUGAAGGACACACACUAAAGGUGUUUGAUCAUAAGCGGGUAACUGUAGAAAUGACGCCCAUGACCUUCACUACGGCCCUGAUGAAGCCGACUGCUGCCGGGAAUUUUCUGAUCUCCUGCAAGAUCCACUCUCAUCAGACAGCUGGUAUGAAUGCGUUCUUUACCGUUGACAACUGUCCUGAUCCUGUGGUGGCCCCGAUCCCAGACAAACGAAAUGUCAUACGUGAAGAAGAUGACGAGGAGGAUGAAGACAACAUGUUCUCCAUUGUGUUCAAGCAAGGAGGCCCUAUAUCAGUGCUUCGAUCGAGUGCCAAGGGAAGACCUAAAGUGUGGGUUCAUUACAUCGCCGCAGAGGAGAUGGACUGGGACUUUUCAUAUCAAAGCGGCGAGCGGCCUUCAUCAUCAUCAGCAUCUGAGUGGUUCAGAAAAGGUCCUCAGCGCUUAGGUGCCGUUUAUAAGAAAGUGGCUUUCGUGGAGUACACAGACAAGACCUUCACUGUGAAGAAAACCACUGGCAAAAUGCUGAUGGGGCCAGAGCUCAGAGGGGAAGUGGGAGACAAGUUUCAGAUUGUUUUUAAAAAUAUGGCCAGUCGAGCAUUCAACAUUUAUCCAAAUGGCCUAACCAGCGUUCAGCCUUUGAAGAACACAAACAAAGACAAACAGGUGGACCUUCGUUCUCUGGCCGUUCCCCCGGGUGAGAUAAUGACGUACCUCUGGAAACUGACAGCAGAAGAUGGACCCACAGAAACCGACCCACGAUGCCUCACGCGCUUAUACCAGAGUAUGGUGGAUCCCGUUCGGGACGUGGCGUCUGGGUUGGUGGGACCCCUUAUCAUCUGCAAAUCCCAAUCUCUGGACAAAAGAGGCAGAGUGGUAACUUCAGAUAAAGAGAAGAAGCUCUUGUUCACCGUUUUUGAUGAAAACAAAAGCUGGUACUUUGAGGACAACAUUAAAAGAAGCAGUGAAGAUCCAACUAAGAUUGACCGCAAUGAUCCAGAUUUCUACAAUUCAAAUGUCAUGCACACUGUUAACGGGUUUAUGUUCAACCAACUACAAUUCAGGAUGUGUGUUGGCGAUGUCAUACUCUGGCAUGUGGCGAGCAUUGGCAUACAAAACAACUUCCUGUCAGUCUACUUCACAGGAAAUACAUUUGAGAGGGAUAAAACAUACGGCACUGUCCUUACUCUCUUCCCAAUGACUGGAGACACAGUCACCACUGAAGUGGAGAUGCUAGGUGAAUGGGAGGUCAGCGCAUUUGACCCAUCUUUGAAACAGCGAGGCAUGAGUGUUCGCUACACGGUUGUUAACUGUGAAAGAGUCCUGCCCGUGGUGGACAACGAAGACUACGAAGACGAAUUCAUCGAGUUCAUUGAACAGAACUUCCCAAGUCCACGAGGCACAAUGAAAAAAAACCGCACUAUCGCCGUUCGGGUGUGCCGAAACAGGACUGGGAUGGAUUCUGCGACUGAGCAAGUAAACAUGAUCUCAGACAAUGAGAGACAAAACAGAACCCGUGUGUGUGAGAUAAGAUAUAUUCCUGUAAAGCGGGAAAACGAUGUGGAUGCGUUAUCACAGGGCGGUAUUCCACAGGAUAUUUUGGAUCAACUGGACAGGGAGAUGGGCGGAAAUUCAUUGGAGCGUCGGAAAAGGUCCCUCCUUGAAUCUGAGAUUGAUCCUACCACAGAAAACAAAGAAUUGAAUGUUGCAAACAUACAGUUGGAUGAAGAUAAACUCAAAACACAUCCAACAAAUGAAUUAUUUCGAAAAUUCCUUUUUAAAGAUAAAAACCUGCCGAGUAACCAGCUUCUAAAUGACUCUGUGGAGGAAAAGUCAGAGAAAGUGAGAAAUCGAAGGGAGCUUUGGAGUGUCAGCAAAGAUAAAAUAACCAAAGUGGAUGUGAAAGUUCUAAGCAACAACGAAGUUCUGGAAGACUCUGGAAGUUCUGGUGUAAAGCAGGACAAGAUGGAGGAAAGUUUAAAUAUUCAUAGCUAUAACUACAACGAUCCAAAGAAGUUCCAACCAGAUUUUGAAUCCGUUUUGGAGUCAAAUUCAUCAGAUAACCAGACCUAUGGCAGGAAAUCACUGGCAAGUGACUAUGACGAUUAUGGCGAUGAAGGAAGCGUUUUCGAUUUGGUUCAUCAUGUUGAAGAUAAUGUCGGCAUUAGAUCCACAGAAUCAAAGUUCAGAAGUUACUACAUCGCAGCAGAGGAAAUCAUGUGGGAUUAUGGGAUCAAUAAACCAGCUCAGCUCAUCAAACAAAGAGAUAUGCGGAGGGGAAUGAGAAAGUUUUUCCCAGCCUAUAAAAAAGUGGUAUUCAGAGCCUAUCAGGACAGAGAUUUCCAUCAUCCAAUCAAACGAGGAGAACUGGAUGAGCACCUUGGCAUUAUGGGUCCUGUGUUGAAGGCAGAAAUCAAUGAUGUUCUUACUGUGGUUUUCAAAAACCUGGCAUCUAGACCGUACUCUUUCCACUUGCAUGGAGUGUACGAUAAGACGCAGGGGAGUUUUAGCCCUGGAAUGGGCCCAGAAGGCGCCAAGGGCGAGGAAGUACCAGGUGAUCCAGUUCCUCCAGGGGAGGAGAGGGUUUACAACUGGAGAAUCUCCAGAAGACAAGGUCCCUCAGCAUCAGAGUUUAACUGCAAGACUGGGGCCUACUAUUCCAAUGUCAACAUGGAGAAGGACAUAAAUUCUGGUCUAAUCGGUCCGGUGAUGAUAUGUCGUCCUGGUACCCUCCGCCCACGCGUCUUGCUUCAGCCUGACGUGACAGACUUCUUCCUUCUCUUCACCACCUUUGAUGAAACAAAGAGCUGGUACCUCGAUUACAACAUCAGGAAGUUUUGCACGCCACCCUGCCAGGCCAAAGUAGACGACCCGUGGUUCGAGAUGAGCAACAAGUUUGCGGCUAUUAAUGGCUACGUGUCAGAGACGCUUCCGGGCCUGAUUGUUAAACAAUACGAGACGGCUCGCUGGCAUCUCCUCAACGUUGGAAGUCAAGGCGAGUUUCACGCCGUUCACUUCCACGGACUGCCGUUCGGGGUUGGAAAUAAUCAGGAACAUCGCAUGGGAGUUUUCAAUCUCUAUCCUGGGGUUUUUGGGACGGUGGAGAUGAGGCCAGCCAUUGUAGGCACCUGGUUGAUAGAGUGCACUAUAGGAGAACAUCAGAUGGCAGGCAUGAGGGCCAAACUACUGGUCUACAACCCACAAUGCAUUCAGCCAUUAGGAAUGCAGUCGGGAUGGAUUGACAACAAGCAAAUAACAGCCUCGGACCACAAUGGUGACUGGAAGCCAAGUUUAGCCAGACUUGAGUUAUCUGGCUCUAUUAAUGCCUGGAUGGGCAGAAGCACAGACUCCUGGCUCCAGGUGGAUCUGUUGAGGCCUAUGCUUCUUCAUGGAAUUCAGACACAGGGUGCAAAGACCUCGAUGGGUUUGAACGAGUAUUUCACUAUCAUGUACACUGUCAGUUACAGCAUCGACCAGGAGAACUGGACUACCUACCAAGGAAACAGUACCAAGUCAUCUUACACCUUUAAUGGAAACAUGGAUGGUUCCAGAAUAAAGGAGAACUUGUUUUCUCCGCCCAUUGUGGGUCGUUACAUCCGAAUUCACCCAAUGACCUUUCAGAAGCAGCCCACGCUGAGGAUUGAGCUGCUGGGAUGUGACCUCAAUAGUUGUUCUAUGCCACUGGGAAUGGAGCGCAGGAAGAUAAACAGCAGUAGCAUCAGCGCCUCCUCCUUCUUAAACAAGUGGUUACUGUCCUGGAGUCCCGACCUCGCUAGACUCCACCAGGAGGGGCGAGCAAAUGCAUGGAGACCUAAGACUAAUAACCCUCAUGAGUGGUUACAGGUGGACUUCUCCUCUGUGAAGAGAGUGACGGGGGUGGUCACACAGGGGGCCCGAUCCGUCCUGAAACCAAUGAUAGUCACUGAAUUUACCGUCUCUGUUAGCAGUGAUGGUCACAAAUGGACCAGCGUGAAGGAGCAGGGCACAGACACUGAGAAGAUCUUUGAGGGAAACAGCGAGCAUGAUGAGGAGGCGCUGAGCGUGUUUGAUCCUCCCCUGUUCACUCGCUUUAUACGGAUUCACCCGAAAGGCUGGGUCAACGAUAUUGCCUUGCGACUGGAGUUUUUGGGCUGUGACACCCAACCAGCACUUUGAAAGAAAGUCACAUCGAUCCAUUGUGGUUGAAAGACAGUUUUUGACUUAAUUUGGUAACAUCUAAAACACACAGCUCUGUCCCAAACCAUACAUUUGCAUCAUAACUGAACUGAAGCCUCAUAUAUUAUGUGAAUAAUCUGAAAAGUUCUUCACGGGUAGCAACUGGCUAGACCGGUCUGGUGGUUUUAGAGUGGUUUCGUACACUUGUCAGCUGGGAGACUGCCCAUAAAUGCUGUCUCAGUAGGCAGCUCAGUUUGACUUCAAACAGAGCCCACAUAUGCACUACAUAGUUUUAUGUCUAGAACAGGUUUUCGUCAUGUGAUAUGAUGAUUUAUGUGUUUUGAAUCUGGUUGGUUGUACAUUAUAAGUGUUCUGAUUAGUACGCUGCUCAUUCUACUGUCUGCUUUUGAGACGUUAUUAUUAUUAUUAUAGUAAAUAAACUACCAAUAUCUAUUUUUCGAAUAAAUGUACUCAUGCAUAUCACAAAGUCUUGGAAGAUUGUUUGUAUAUUCUGGUCUGGAAUAACUACUGAAUCCACAAUAUGCUGAACUUUUGUAUUUUGCACUGUAAAACAGAAGUAAGAUUAUUAUUUUUUCAAAUAUUUAAUGUUUAAUUGUUGAAAUAAAAAGACUGCCUUGAUUUCCUCAGA